CAAUCCCCUUAUAACCCACUAAGCUAAAACUCACUGCUUUCCACUUGAAAGUUUUGUUCUUUGCUACCAAAUCUUAAAGCUUUUGCUUUUUAACAUCCAUGGCUUUAACUCUUAACUUAAAACUCACCAUUUCUGUAUCCUCUUCUUCAUUUCAUCACCAUCCUUCUUCUUUCUCUCCCUUUUUUUCUCUCAAAACCCAGACCAAGCCUUUCUCUUUCACCACAAGAAUCCAUAAUCUCCAAUACCCAUCUCUCAGUCUCACAUUCUCCAGGAGGUUCUUCAUUCUUCCUUCAGUUUCUGGAAUCUGGGAUGCUUUAACUGGCAAUAACAAUCCCAAAGAUGCUGUAAUUGCUAUAAGACGUGGAAUGUUACUAUUUAGGCAGGGUGAUGUGCCAGGUUCUGUAGUGGAGUUUGACAAGGCAAUUGAGUUAGAUCCCCGACAAAAGGCAUAUCUUUGGCAAAGGGGAUUAUCAUUGUACUAUCUUGAUAGGUUUGAAGAAGCUGCAGAGCAGUUUAGAAUAGAUGUUGCUGAGAACCCUAAUGAUACUGAGGAAUCAAUAUGGUGCUUUCUCUGUGAAGCUCAAUUAUAUGGAGUCGAUGAGGCAAGGCAACGCUUUCUAGAGGUUGGAAGAGAUCCACGGCCUGUCAUGCGGGAAGCUUAUAACUUGUUUAAAGAUGGAGGUGAUCCAGAAAAGCUUGUUGCUGCUUUCACCAAUGGACCACAGUACUUCUAUGCUUCUUUAUAUGCAGGACUUUACUAUGAAUCUCAGAAGAAAGCAGAUGCAGCCAAAGUUCAUAUACUUUCAGCAUGCAACUCUCCUUAUGGACAAAGGUCUGAUGACUACAUGGCUUCCCUUGCCAAAGUUCACUGUCUUUGUCGAAAUUGGACCUCUGAGUGAAGUUCCUCGCUCAAGCUUAGUAAAAUGAAUUUAAAAGCUGGUUUCAGAGAAAAAAGUUGAACAAAUCACCGCAAUAACACUCCAUAUGGUGAGUUGGAGUCUGAGAUAACAUGUGAAUGUUGAAUAGCUUAUACACUAUUAUUUUAGACAUUCUCAGCAUGCAGUGUUCUUGAGUACCAAAGAAGAGAAAUCUAGAAAAGAAUGUAAACUGAUGAACCCUUGUUAAGUGUCUGCAACUUGGUGUUGAAUAGCGAUUUGUUAAAUUCUGACUCGUUAACGAUCUGUAUAUCAAUACAAGAAAAACUUGGUUUGUCUAUUGCAGCUUCAGUUUUUGGCUCUAGCAACCACGAAAAUUGGAAGAACGGAUGCAAAGUUCGGGUCUAAACUCCAUUAUUGCUAUACUUCAGGAAACUAAUUUGCAGAAGCAAGGAUUUGAUUAAGCCUUAACCCAAACUUAAGAUGCAAAGUUGUGAUAUUUUGAAGAUUCUAAGACAAUGUUUUUAGAUUGUUUGUACCUCUAAAUAGGCUCCAAGUUAGUGUACAAUGGAUAGUUGACAAAAGAGCAAGCUUUAACACCUGUUGACAGUGACAAAAUAGCUCCUUUUUGAAGUUUCAAGUACAACUCUGGGUGAUUUCACCUUUGUUUCUUAAUCUAAAAAAUACCCACUUGAUGAAUCCUUAAAA